UUUAAAUAAACUCUUGAAUAUUGAUAUCAUUGGCCUAGAAGAAAUUCUGCCAGUACUGGGUCCUGUCUUGAACAACUGCUUUUAAACAGUUUCUGGCCGCAGCAGGAGACUUUGUUGUGCCAACUAGUUUCAGCAGAUUUAACUGUCUUCAAGUUGGAGGAGGCUGAAGUUUUUUUCUGUUUGCUCUGCCAUUUUUACUAAGCUAACGCUACUGUAUUUUGUGUGUGUGGGAGGUGUGAAAAUAAAUUAAUGUCGACAGUGUCACCACUGCUGAAAGUUGCCUAGAUUAUAAUAAAUUCAGAUUAAUCAGAUUUUAUCUGGGUGGUGAGUUUUAAUCUACCUUUAAAAUAAAGUUAAAGACCAAUAUCGAGCACAACCAGCCUAGCUAGUACAAAACUAAGCAAACAGGGUGCUCCCUAACUGUUAUCUUACAUGUAUAAAUAAUUUAGUGACACUAUUACAACAGCAACUACUACUACUAAUACUAAGAAUACUAUUAGAUUUGCAGAUUUGUUUAGUCUAGUACAAAUCAGAUCAAAAUAAAACUAUCCACACAUUCUAGAUGCACUUUUGAGAAAAUUGUUGUCCAAUAUCUCCCCCAGUGAGGUUGACUUUUGUAUCAUCACUUUGUUAGUUAGUUAAUGAGUGGUCACAUAUUUCAAAAGUUGUCUCAUUUUGGCAUGAUUGCACAUACAAGGCAUUACCAAAGCAACUGUUGAACAACUGAAGCCAAUUUACUCUCUUGCCCUUUUUUAAAGUAAGGAACAGUAAACUAACUGUACAGGUAACAUUCUUUAUUUUUGCAUGUUGCAACAUAAAAGGUGUACUUAAUUGAUAUGACUUAGGUGGACAUGAAUGCUUUUCAGGUGAAAGCAUGUGUACAUUUGGAUCAGGAUUACUUGCUGAUGAAUGCAGCUCUGUUUUCACUGAUAUAGACAUCAGCCAUUUACACAGCAUUGCUACCUUUCCUGGCCAUUUAUUAGAAACUCUUAACCAAUGAUUAACCGUAUCUUCCACUCAAUGUUUUCAAUUACCUGGAGUGAAAAAUGACACAUAAUGAUGCAAUAAUUCAUUUGUAGAAGUCAAGUUACAUUCUGAGUUAUGCAAUUACAAUUAUUCAACUACUAUCUGUUGAUAGUAUAAACUGUAUGUACAGUAUAUUAUUUAAGUAUGUGUAUUUCUCAAUUGAUUAGUGAAAGUUGUCAUUUGCUGCUUUUAAAGUAUCUGUGUAGUAUGCCUGCCAUCUGCUCAUGAAACAUGAGUAGAAGACUAAAUAUUACCAGUGUCCAGUUUGAUUUGUUGCUGUGAUUCACAUCGCUGAAUGAUGAAGGUCAGCAAGAUGCUGAAAUUCCACAAGGUUUUACAAUAUCAUACUUACCAUAUAUUUAGGGAUGGGAAAUCCUGUAAUGUUUUUAUAUAAAAUUUUAUACACACUUUCUUUGUGAUUCAGCAUGGAAUAUUUUAUGUUUGGAAACAGCAUCUGGUACAUUUCUGCAUGACUCAGGCAUCAGCUAAGUUAAUUAGUGAAUCUAAAACAAGCUGCAGAGCAGUAUUCAUUUCUCCUUGGUGUGGUGCCUCGCUUUUAAAUAGCUUUGUAUAGUAAACCAUGUGAACACCAUUUUGGUGCCUUAGGCUAAACACCCACAAUUUGACAUCAAAUAAUUUGUGAUAAUUAUGCAAAUACUUGUGUGGCUCUGAUGUCAACCUUCACCAGCAGCAGUAACAUGAUGAUAAAGCACUUCCCAAAUAAAUCUUAAGAAGUUUGUUUCAUAGAGAGGAUUUUAGAGGGAAUUUCAAAGUUUUUUUGCUGCAUUCAUGAUACCCUCUACAAUUCCUCCAAGGUCUACUAUAGAGUAACAACCCCACAGCAUGACGCUGGUGACUGGUGAAGCACCUGGGCAACAGUUUGUAUGCACAGUGACUUCAUCUCAACUGUGGAACACAGUAGUUCCCUCAGAGUUUCCAUAGGUCUUUACAUAAAUAUGUACUAACACAAAUCCUGCUGCGUAACACGUUGUAGUCUCCCUGUCUCUUCCUCUUGUAAAAUACCCAUAUAAGAGGUUGUUGUGUACAGUAGAGUUCACAGACUAUGGUCUGAGUGAUGGCUGGAUUGGAAUGGAUUCAUUUCAUGGUUCAGAAAAAAAUUAUUUUCAAAGGGCAGUCAUUGUCAAAGUGUGUGUACUCUACACAUCCAAACUAAAAUUUGCCCAAACCCUUAAUAUUUUCAGUUGGUCUGUGCUAAUGCACCAAGAAGGUUUCCUCACUCUCUGACAAACCCUACCCUGUUCCUGGUGAAAUGUGAUGCCUCAAUGAUUUGAUUUGGCCAACUCUCAGGAAGCCACUUCCUCACAGCCACAACCAAGGUAGAUGUAGUUAUCAACAGCAGUGCAGCAAAUACAUAACUUUUUUUGAUCUAGGGUUUGUUUAUUUUAAAUGAAUAUGGUUUUGCACUGUUGUUUCAAGUUCUUAGCUGCUGUUGUCUUUUUUUUUUAACCAAAUCUGAGACAAAGAUUUUAGAUAAUUAACCUGCAGUGUUAACUACAUUAAAACACCGGCUGCUGGAGUAAUCUGUUUAAUGCAGGCCUCGUCUUUGUUAGACAUCCACAAACAAAGAUAUUUGUCUUGUAAGGCUCCAAGCGGGCUGAUUAACCACUAAGUGAUUUAUACUGAGAAGUGAUGUCAUCGCUGGAGGCUUCCAUUUGCUGAUGACUCCUUGAGGAGUCAUCAGCAAACCUCAGCCCUGUUUGAGCUCUGACCUCCUUUCUCUCCACAAAAGGAAUCAGGCUCAUCCUGCCCAGCUUUAAACUACCAAUAGAACUCAUUGAGAGAAAAGAGAUGGCCCCGGCCUCUCCGCACCCGCUUCUGUCAACUUUAGACUGAGUUGUCUCAACUAGCAUUACAUUUAACCAGCACCUUUGUAAAUUGCUCUGUGGGCUCUUGCAGGGCAUUAUACAGGGAGCUCUGCUUGCCAUGGGCGUGUGAAUGUGAAUAGAGAGGGGGUUGGAGCCUUGUGACUCUCUCUCCACCCCCUAAUCCCUUUUCAGACAUGGAAUACGUAACAUUGCUGGUUUCAUCUAUCUGUUAAAAUGAUGGCAUUUUGUCAUUCAGACAUAGGUGAUCAGAUCAUACCGUCAGAUUAACGUAAAAGCGUGCAUGACUGAAAGGGGCUCGAGUGAAUGAGCAGAUUGAUCUCUGGCUUCUUAAUGCUUUUUGGUGGAGAAAGGUAGCAAGUGAUUUGGUAUCAAGCCCCAGCGAUACAGAUAUGUGGAGUCAGUACAGCCCUGUGCUAAGAGGCAGUUUUGUCUAAUUGCCUCCUUUCACUCCACUGCAGCACCGAGCAAGAGAGAGAGAGCGAGAGACUCAUUGUUUCCCAGCUCACACUCGCUGUGCUGUCUGAUGCAUGUUUUUAUGUUUCUUACAAAAGCUCUCUUUUGCAAUGCUGUGUACUCAGCCAUGCAUAGGCUACAGAGCUUGCCCAAACUCAGAACUCUGCUUGGCUCCAAACAGGGGGGUAAUCAAAGUUUAUAAUGAAGAUAACACCAGCAGAGCUGUAGAGGUUCCCAGUGACAUCACUGCCCGGGACAUAUGCCAGCUGUUUGUCUUGAAGAACCACUGCAUUGAUGACCACAGCUGGACUCUUUUUGAACACCUCUCUCAUCUGGGAAUAGAGAAGUGAAAAACAGGUUAACCUGUCAUUCAUUUUUGUCCCUCGUGGUCUCACUAGAGAGAACCAUUGAAGACCAUGAAUCUGUUAUGGAGGUGCUAUCAGGCUGGGGAAUGGACACAGACAGCCGGCUGUAUUUUAGGAAGAAUUAUGCUAAAUAUGAAUUCUUCAGAAAACCUCUGGACUUUUUCCCGGAUGACAUGGUCUCUAUAUCCAGUGAAACCAAUGGGAUGGUGGAUCACUCUCAGCUUAUACAGACCUUUCUCAACUCCAGCACCUGUCCAGAGAUACAUGGACACCUCCAUGCCAAAGAGCAAAGCAGGAAGUCUUGGAAAAAGUUUUAUUUUGUCCUGCGGAGGUCGGGGCUUUAUUUCUCCAAUAAGGGAACUUCCAAGGAACCAAGGCAUCUCCAGUUCAUUGCCGACUUUAGUGACAGUGAUGUCUACACAGUGUUGUCAGCCAAAAAACUACAUGGAGCACCUACAGAUUAUGGCUUCUGUGUCAAGUCCACAAAGUGUAGUUCAGCCCGGGACUUGAAGCUGCUUUGUGCGGAUGAUGAGCAGACCAGGACCUGCUGGAUCACAGCCAUGCGGUUGCUAAAGUAUGGGAUGCAGCUGUACCAAAACUUCAUCCAGCCACACCAGAAGCAAAAAGCUUCACCAAUGAGAAGCAUCUCAGAGAAUUCACUGGUGGCCAUGGACUUUUCUGGCCAAAAGAGCCGGGUGAUUGAGAAUCCGUCUGAGGCGCUGUCUGUGGCUGUAGAGGAAGGCCUGUCAUGGAGGAGGAAAAGCUGCCACCGUCUGAGCGGCCACGGGAGCCCCUCCACAUCACAGGGCUCAGUGUUAAACAUAGCCCUCCACUUGGCUCAGUCCUGGUUCCACGGCAAACUGUCUCGGGAUGAGGCUCAGCGUCUAAUCACUCAACAGGGUCUUAUUGAUGGAGUAUUUCUUCUGAGGGACAGCCAAAGCAACCCUAAGACAUUCGUACUGUCACUGUGCCACAUGCAGAAAAUCAAACACUUUCAGAUCUUACCUGUGGAUGAUGAAGGGGAGUUAUUCUACAGUCUGGAUGACGGUCACACACGGUUCACUGACUUAAUCCAGUUGGUGGAGUUUUACCAGCUAAACCGAGGUGUGUUGCCCUGCAAGCUCAAACACCACUGUGCCCGGAUCACCCUGUGAACAAGGGACCCAGAGACCCCCGAGGGCCCACAUGCACCUUAACUCUGGGGCCUGUCUGGACAAACACUCCCAGUGUUCUUGUGCCUUGAAGAAGAAAGAUACACAGAUGAACUGAUAACUGAAACCACUGUUAUCAUCCACAUUCAUACUUUGGUACAUGGUCCCUCCUUUUGAAUUUGACAGUAGACUGUAUACUAACUGACUACAUGUGCUGAAGAUGAUUUGUUUUGUCUGGUGAACAAACAUACUCUUUGCCUCUGUAAUGUGCCCAUAGGUGGCGGUAAAUCCAUUGUGCAAAGUCCAAACAUGACUUUUUGUGCUCUUGUAGAGCUGAAUGUGUACUGCAAACAGAUUGUGAUUCUAACAUCAUGCCACCAAUGAAAGAAAGUAGUUUUUUUUUUUGGUAAGUGACAUACAGUAGCUGGAAUUUGAGUUUCCACUGAAAACAUUUCAAUAUACUGUCUACUGCAGUAUGUGUACAGUAAUUAUAUACACCUGUCAGUUAUGGUCUGUCAAAGCUGAUGAUGGUCGAAUCCCAACAAGGGCAUCGACUUUUAUUUUAAAUUAUAUCAUGCUGGGAAUUGUAGUACACAACACCUCUCUCCUAUUAAUUUUGAGUAAAACUAAGCUAUCUUACAUUUCAUUGUCAUUGUAUCUCUUAAGUAUUCAGGGUUUUUUUUUUUUUAAGAAAUUAUCGUUGUUUUCUAUUUAGAGAUAAAAUGACCUCUCAGGAAGUGUCACUGUGCAUGCCCUGUAAGCUGGACUGAGACUGCUGUAGAGAGAAAAGGAGAGGUAAAUGUACAGGUGGAGAGAAAUGGCACACAACCUCACUAGGCUGCACUGUACAUUCAUUUUAAAUGUAUGUGAUUAAAUGAAAUCUUUGUAUUACAUGAAAUUAGUUGUGAGCUUGCUCUAGAGCAAGUGAAAUAUGUUUCACCAAUUUUAGAUAUAAGCCAUUAAGAUGUAAAUCAGAAAUACUGUGUGACUGAUUUUUAUCAUAUCUGAAUUAAUUGUAUAUUGAAAUUCAGGUUUCAUAUUUUCCAGAGAUUCAUGGAUACAGUUUGCAAAACCUGGGUUCGUUGUAUUUUGAUGUUAUUGCCACUGCUGUGGAUAUUGUGUCAGAUAUAGUUCGUUCGACUGAAA